AUGAGCAGAAUCAGUAACUUGUCUGAGGAACUGCUGAUUAAGAUUCUAUCGUUUCUUCCGACUAAAGUUGCUGUGUCCACAAGCAUCUUGUCGAAACAAUGGCAGUUUCUUUGGAUGUGGUUGCCUAAGCUCGAGUACAACCUGUACAGGACUAGAUAUGUUUCAGAGCCUCCACUUAAGAAAUUUAUCGACAAGAAUCUGCCAUUACAUAGAGCUCCUGUCGUAGAAAGCUUGCGUCUUAGUAUAAGUGAUAAACUCAUUAUACCUGAAGAUAUCAGACGGUGGAUUGAAAUUGCAGUUUCUCGCCAUGUACGUGAGCUGGAAAUUUCUUAUUAUUCGGAGAAUCAAAACAUAUUUCCGAGCAGCUUUUAUACCUGUGAAUCGCUGGUGAUCUUGAAACUCGAGUACAUGGCUCUCAUGGAUGUUGUUCCCUCAAUGGUUUGUCUUCCCUCUCUGAAAACUUUGAAACUCAGAUACGCCACUCUCAUCGAUGUUCCCUCAACGGUUUGCCUUCCUUCUCUGAAAACUUUGGAACUUGAAAGUGUUAAACACAAAAGUAAUGAAUCUCUCCAACGGCUUCUAUCUAUAUGUCCUGUCCUUGAAGAACUAUUGGUGGAUUUUUGUACUGAACACGUUGUGGGAGAGUUCAUUCUGGAAAAGUUCAGUAUUAUCGUCCCGUCUUUGCAGAGAUUAUCACUCUUUAUAGAUGAUGAUGCUUACUAUUUAGAUAGGUAUGUGAUAGAUACUCCUUCUUUGGUGUAUUUCAAACUUGAGGAUUGGAAUGAUUUGGGACACGACUGUGAGAUUAAGAACAUGCCUAACCUGAGGGAAGCGUAUGUCUAUGUUGCAUUCUUUCGUCUCAAGAGUGUUGUUAAAUCAAUCACAUCUGUCAAGUGUCUUACAAUAUGUUCAGAGAUCCUGAAAGAAGGAGGACAGGAUGGGUAUGGUGGUGGUUUUGUUUUCAACGAGCUUGAACAUCUCAAGAUAUGUUUGUGCAAAAAGUAUUCGUCGAAUGUUCUUGCACAGUUUCUCAAAGAUUCUCCUAACUUACGAGUACUAGAAAUCUCGCACAUGAACCGUCAUGGGUUUGAUGAGCUUAAUCGCAUGGUUUGCGGGAACCAACCGAGUCAUGUUCCUGAAUGCUUGUUGUCGAGUCUUCAAACUUUCACAUGGUCAAGAUACUUUGGGAGACGGCAAGAUCGAGAAAUUGCGGUUUACUUGUUGAAAAACGCUCGUCGUUUAGAGACGGCGACAAUCUUGGCUGAUACAUGGGAACAUAAUGUUCCAAACCUUAGGAUGGUCAAGGAGUUGACACUUUCUUCCCGAGCUUCAAGCAGAUGCGAGCUCGUGUUUCUUGAGGGGCAUGACGUUGUGGCAGACGAGUCUUUGACAGAAGACUCUUCAGAAUAA